UCCGUGGAGCGAAGAGCUUUUGGAAGACCGGAUUCCAUUGUGACUCAAGCUAAUUUAGGUCACACAGAGAAACAAGAUGGUGUUGAUCGAGCCAGAGCCGAUGAUCCAAGGAGAAGAUAAUGGAAAUAUUGCAUCCAAAAUGAAAGUGAAGCCGUCGGCAUCAUCUUCAUUGAAAGUCGAAGAAUCGAGCGGAGCAGAAACGGCGGCUGGAAACGUCUCCGAUGGCUUCGAAACCGCCAGUGAGAAGGAUUUGAGCGAUGAAGAUGAUGAAGUAACUGAAGAAAAGAAGCAGCAGAAUCAACAAGAAUCGGAGACUUCUCUGCCAUCAACCAAUGAUUCAAUCGAAGCUGCUUCUGAUGAGAACAAAACUAGUGAAUCUAAAGAGAAAGCCUUGGCUGAAGCUAAUAAUGCAAAAUUGGAAGGCAACACUUUAUUUAAAAGCGCCCUAUAUGAAGAUGCAUUACUACAAUAUGAUCUUGCUCUACAAAUUGCACCAGAUAUGCCUUCAUCUCUUGACAUGCGCUCAAAUUGCCAUGCAAAUCGUGCAUUAUGCUUCUCAAAACUGAUGAAAAAUGAAGACACCGUUAAAGAAUGCACAAAAGCAUUAGAGUUAAAUCCCAGUUACAUAAAGGCGCUGCUUCGAAGAGCAGAGGCUCAUGAGAAGCUUGAACACUUUGAAGAAGCCAUUGCUGAUAUGAAGAAAAUUUUGGAAUUAGAUCAAUCAGAUAGCUUAGACAAGACACAAGCUAGUAGAAAUAUUAAAAGAUUGGAGCCACUUGCUGCUGAGAAGCGCGAACGAAUGAAAGAGGAAAUGAUGGGAAAACUGAAGGAAAUGGGAAACACUGUUCUGGGUCGAUUUGGCAUGAGCGUAGACAACUUCAAAGCAAUCAAGGACCCUAAUACUGGUUCAUAUUCCAUUUCAUUUCAACGCUAGUAACUAUCUUUGCUAAUAUGAAAAGUGAAUCGUUAAUUUUACUCCAGUUGUUUUUUAACAAGUUCUCUGGAAUUCUGCACAUGAUGAAAAAUCUAUAUAUUUUUCUAUUUGAUUA